AUGUAAAUAAUUACUGGUGAUGAAACAGGAUUAUUGAAAUUAAUAGAUUUAGAUAAAAAAGAAGUGAUAAAGAAAUAUGGAGAAUAAGGAAAGUAAUUUAAAGUUAUCUAAAUCCUUACAUUUAAAAUAUAAGACAUUUGCUUUUUCUUAAUUUUAAGGGAGGAAAGUUUAGUAUUAUUGGACAAUGAAUUAAAUGAAAUUGCUUAAAUUAAUAUUGAUUCAUCACCAUUAAAAUGCUUUUGUGAUUCAAAUCAUAAUAUCUAUAUAAUUUAUGCAAAUAGAUAAAUAAAUCAUGUUUAAUAUGAUUAAGAUCAAAACAUGUUUCUUGAAUAAAAAACAUUAAACUCUAAUGAUUUUUUACCCCUAAAUAAUUGUAAAGAUAAAUAUGUAACAUCUGCUUCUAUCUCAAAUGAUUAAACAUAAUUAUUGAUAACAUAUUGUGGAGCUCCACCAUCUAUUUUUAAUUUAAAAUAGAAAAAAUUAUAAUGGUAAUCAAGAAAUGUUAAAAAUGAUGAAUUAGAUCUUUAAGUUAAAAUGCAUGAUUAUGAUGGAUUAUUCUUAGAUGAUUAUUCUGUAGGAGUCAUUACAAUACAUUAAACUCUUAGAAUUUAUAAUAUUCUCUAAGAAAAAUCAUAACCUAUUUUCGAGCAUUCCUUAAAACAUUCUAAGACCAAAGUGAAAAUAAUAAAAACUUACAACUAAAAAUAUUAUAUGAUAAAUGAAAGAGGAGAAAUUUUAAUUUAUUAAAAAGACUUUAAAUUUGAAAGAAUGAUUAAAGGCACUUUUGGAGCUGUUAGAGAUGUUACAUUUAAUAAAGAUUAUAUAUACACUGUUAGCAUAGAUCGCUUUUUAAGGUUUUUAUUUUUGAUUAUUUUAGGGUUUAUCAUAUAGAAAAUGUAAGAAUUCCCCUUUCCAUUAAUUUAUCUCAAAGAUUAACAGCUAUCAAUUUCUAUUGUUCAGAGUAUAAAGAUAUUGAAAUUGAAAAAAAGGAGGAUAAAAUUUGGACAAUUUAAAAUGGAAGAGAAGCAAAAGCUAGAUUUGCUGGAAUGAGAAGACAUACUAUUAAAUUGCCAUAUUUAGAGAAAAUGUUCGAGAAUCAUAAAUAAAAUAAAAUAAGAAAAGAACAAUAAAAAUUGAAACAAGAAUAAUUAAUAGAUGUUAAAUAAGAAUAUGAUGAAUUAGAUUAACAAUCUAAAUUUAAAAGUAUUGAGAAUAAAAAAAUAAAAAAAUAAAAAUUAAAAUAAAAGAUUCUUGGUUUAAAGAAAUCAAAGUUACUUAUAAAUAAACCAAAUAGAAAAAUAAAGUGA